AUGCCUUAUUCGGUUUUUAGGAUUCAGUGCCAUUAUCAUCGAAAGCCAUUUUGGCAGAUCGGCGUCCGCCCUGUAAAACCAGUUAUAUUUCCAUCAACAUUUAUAGGAAGCCCUCGCUAUAUGCAGCAAACCUAUCAGGACUCUAUGGUCAUUGUACGUCCCUUUGGUUUGAGUUUCACAUGCAACUCUAAAUGGUCAGAAAUAACAGAAAACCUCUUCUCAGAACAGAAGGCUCACGAUCGCCCGGACAUUGUGUCAAGAGUAUUUGACUUGAAGAAAACGGCUUUGAUGCAAGAUUUGACAAAGAAUCACAUCUUAGGUGCGACCAUUGCAGAUAUACACGUCAUCGAAUUUCAGAAGAGAGGAUUGCCUCAUAUGCACCUUUUGUUGUUUUUAGCGGAAGAAGACAAAAUAAGAGAUGCAGAGUGCAUCGACUCGACUCGACAUCCGGAGCUACACAACAUUGUGAAGUCAUCGAUGAUUCACGGACCCUGCGGUGAACUGAAUAGAAACUCUCCCUGCAUGAGUGAUGGUGUAUGUUCGAAAGGAUUUCCGAAACCGUUUCAGGCAGAAACUAAAGAGAACGUGAAUGGCUACCCACUCUACAGAAGAAGGGACGAUGGAAACUUUAUCGUGAUCAAGGAUCAUGCCAUCGAUAACAGAUGGGUCGUUCCUUACAAUCCGUAUUUAUCGAAAAAAGUACAACGCCCACAUAAACGUUGA